AUGUAUCCCGUCUGGUCCAAUGGCGCACAAGUCUUUCCAAAAUCGCUCAGAGAAGCUGAAGUUCAAUUAGAAUCAGAUCAGUACUGCAAGAACGUCUACGGCACUCAAUAUGCCGACAGCAAUUCAUGCGUUUAUGCAUACGGCAGGGUAAGCACAACCGCGAAGACAACGCUGACCGAAUUUGCUAAUAGUUCUUUAGCAAAAUCUCAGUUCAGUUCUGUUGAGUUCAGUUUAUUUGAGGUAAACGUAGGUGGUGAAUUUGGCAGUAAGUUGUACUUAUUUGUCACAUAGGCAUUUACCGUGUUCCUCAAUGUCGUUGGAUUCUCACUGUGCAUGCGAGUAGUUUAAUCCGACACAGAAAAAAGGCACGGCUGACGCACACACACACACACACUUUAACUCUUGCUCAUCACUGCUUAUGCCAUAAACACUUUGUUGGAGUCUGAAUAGCUCGACAGGCAUGUUGAAUGAUGACAUAAAUAAUAUCACUGCUCUUAGGCUUUCUGGUCAACGCUCCAUGUUUUGGAUUGUGAUUUUGGAAACUAAGCAAACGGUCUUAAUAACCCCCUUCGAAUUUUUUACAUUUCAGUUUAGCUAAGUCGUGAAAUGCAAAGCGAAAUUCUGAAGUGCAUUCUCGACUCAAAAUAAUUGCCUGAGUAGGUAUGUUAUAUAAAUCGGCGUGCAGUUUAAUCUCAAGACAAUUCAACUAGGUAACGAUAUGCCGAAGGACCACACUUAACUGUCCGUAGACUCUGAAUCGAGUCUAGUGUGAAUGUUGCUAAUGUGGAUUUUAUGAAAUGGGCAGCACGUUCGACGGCGGACUGAUGAAAUGCAAGAAAACACAGAAAUUGUUCGGAUUCUUACCAAAGUUUUAUCCUGCUCUUUUGUAUAACGACAGGCCUGAGCGCGUUAGUUAAAAAAAACGGAAAAUAUAUUUUUGUAAAAGCGGCGUCUGAGUAAUAGUUUAAGGUCACGUGAGGUAACUGUUUUUGGCAGUGUAAUAUCUGCAACGACCUGCGAAUGGAUUCCAACGUCAAACUCCGAGUGGCACGACAGACACGUGGGGUCCUUCACCAUACCGUUACCGUUACUUCAGGAUUCCGACAUUUCAACGAGUUUGUUUUCGGCCGCAAGUAAAACUGUCUAAUUCUGCAGAAUGAAUUUUUCUUAUUGAUUCUCCAUGCUCAUGUAAAUUCAAAUAAUUUUCAUAGAAACCCGCACAAAAAUGCCCAUUGUUUUGCACAUUUAAAAGAACAUUAUGUUUUCCUCAAAGUAUAUACUUGAAGCAAGCACAAAAAAACGUUUUCAAUUCCCGAAUAAUUUGUAAUCUGACCUUUUAAUACACUUGCAUUCAGGUUUUCCAAAGUAAUGGUUGUGCAUUUUUUGUUUGCGGAAAAUCAUGCAUUUUGAUGAACCACUAAGAGCUGGGGUCUACAAACGGAGAUUUCACGGUCUUGAAAUAUUUCACAAUCAGAAACAUUUUUAAAACCGAAUUAUUCCGUUUUUUAGGCGUAAAAUUGGAAGCGAUUUUCAAAUUGGUAAGACAACAGACAUGCUUAUGCAUGUUUUCUAGAAAAGUUAUUGGGAUGUAUAAAGGCAUGGAAAACCAAUAAGUAAGACAUUCAUUUUGUAAGGUAGUUAUUUUUUUACAGAGCAGAAUUUUCGCAGGUGGCUGGAAAGGCGUUCGUUCAGAAGCUAGCAUCCUGAUGUAAGUGAAGUACUUAGGUAUUAUGUCGUAAGGUGAUUAGUAGUACAACCCUAACUAAUUAAUCUUCUUGAUUCGAAAACCUAUUUCAAGAAUUCAGUAGACAUUUCUCGAGCUAGCACAUUCACUUGAAGCGAUUUCCAAAGAGUAAUAUUGUCGUAUUGACAAUCUGUUCUAAUUGUUUUGUGUGCUUUAGACCCCAGGUAACGGGGACAGUGGCGGUGGACUGUUCUGUCCUUCUCUGGAUGGCCGAAUCUGGUUCUAUUAUGGGGGAUUCGAGUCCGCACCAGUUAACCCAUCCGUGGCCUACUCGGUUAUCACCAAACUUGAGUCGGUCCAUUAUUGGCUUAAACUGGUUUCGAUUACUCUGGGUCUAUAAUAUGUCACCAAUUGAGGUGUUGGACUUAAUAAAUAUAAAAAUAACAUUCGCAGUACUUUUUGUUCAUAUCUUGUUGUCAACAUUUAGCGAAACACCAGCCGCUAUAGUUUUAGUCUAACGGUGACCACAAGUCACAGUUGGUGAAACUAGAAAUCGAUUCUUCAAUAAAGUAAAGAUCCUAAAAUUGGUAUUGUGAGUGUAACUUGGCAUUUACAGUGGAAAGAGUGUCGUGUAUAUAGAUUCGCAGCGCCCUGAAGAUGAUGCUGAUGAUGAUGAUGAUGCUGAUGAUGCUGAUGAUGAUGAUGAUGAUGAUGAUGAUGAUGAUGAUGAUGAUGAUGAUGAUGAUGAUGAUGAUGAUGAUGAUGAUGAUGAUGAUGAUGAUGAUGAUGAUGAUGAUGAUGAUGAUGAUGAUGAUGAUGAUGAUGAUGAUGAUGGCAAGUACGAGUUUUCGAGACCUUUUAUUACUGGCGCCAUUCAUGCGUAA